AUGCAUGCCCUUGGAGCUUUGGACUCUCCACCUCCUUCCGACGUCUCCCCAAUCCCAAACCAAUCCAAUCCAAUGAGCCUCCCAAAAACCUCACCAAUCACCACACGCCAUGUGGUGGCUCUGCCGUUCCCCGGCCGCGGCCACAUCAACCCCAUGAUGUGCCUCUGCAACUCCCUCGCUUCGUUAAACCCGGCCGCUUACAACACAGACAUCAUCGUCACAUUUAUCGUAACGGAGGAGUGGCUCGGCUUCAUCGGCUCGGAGCCGAAGCCCGACAACGCGAGCUUCGCUACUAUUCCCAACGUCAUCCCCUCCGAGAUCGGCCGCGGCGCUGACUCUCCCGGAUUCUAUGAGACCGUUUUGAGAAAAAUCAAAACCCCGGUCGAAGACCUCCUCGACCGACUGCAGCCGCCGGUCGCGGCCUUGAUCGCCGACACGUACUUGGUCUGGUCCGUCGAGAUCGGGAAUGCGAGGAAUAUUCCGGUGGCUUCUCUAUGGACCAUGUCCGCUUCUGUCUACUCCGUCUUCCAUUUCUUCGAUCUCCUCGUCCAACACAGUCAUUUUCCCGUCGAUUUGGAAGAACGAGGAGAAGAGCACGUGGACUACAUCCCGGGACUUCCUUCCACACGUGUGGCGGACCUUCCCACGUGUUUCCACGGGAAAGGGGUUAAUGCAUUGGAUCGAGCACUAGAAUCCGUUGCAUCGUUGUCCAAAGCCCAAUUCUUUAAUUUUAUGAUAUAUAUGCAAGAUGAAUUGGGGUCACAAAAUCUUUAUUGUGAUAAUUAUAAUAAGGCGCUCUUAGUUCAGUUCGGUAGAACGUGGGUCUCCAAAACCCGAUGUCUGUACGAGCUUGAAGCCCAAGUGAUCGACGCUCUGAGGGCGAACACAUCGAUCCCUGUUUAUCACAUUGGGCCCACCAUACCCCAUUCCAAAGUGGAGGCCGAAUCAAGGCCCAGUGAGGCCCGCUAUUUUGAUUGGCUAGACAAACAGCCUAUUGGGUCAGUUUUGUACGUGUCGCAAGGGAGCUUGCAUUCAGCUCCCAAAGCCCAAAUGGAUGAAAUCGCUGAUGGGUUGAGGGAGAGUAAGGUUCGAUUCUUCUGGGUGGCACGUGAAGCAGCUUCUGAGUUGAAAGAGAGGUGUGGGGAGAUGGGGAUUGUGGUGCCCUGGUGUGACCAAUUGAGGGUGUUAUGUCAUGAUUCUAUAGGUGGGUUUUGGUCCCACUGCGGUUGGAAUUCGACCUCAGAAGCUGUUUUUGCUGGUCUUCCAAUGCUGACUUUUCCUAUAUAUUGGGACCAGGUCCCCAAUAGCAAGAUGAUUGUGGAGGAUUGGAAGAUUGGGUGGAGGGUGAAGAAGAAGGGGGUGGGAGAAGAAGAAAGUUUGGUGGGUAGAGAAGAAAUUGCAGGGAUUGUGAGGAGGUUUAUGGAUUUGGAAAGUGAGGAGGGUAAGGAAAUGAGGAGAAAAGCGAGGGAGCUUAGGGACAUUUAUCGGCAAGCAAUUCGAAAGGGUGGCUCGACUUAUGCCAAUCUUGAAGCAUUUGUAAGUGACAUAUGCAAGCAAGAUUUCUAA